AUGAGACAGACAACGACUCCAAAAACAUACGAAGGUGUUCUCAAUUUCUGGUUUGGUAACAAAUCCUCGCGAAAUUAUCUGAGACAAAAAUCAUUCUGGUAUGGGAGCCCUGCAGACGACGAAUAUGUUCGCAAGCAUCUCGGUCAAACCUACAGCGCAGCCAAGGCUGGUGAUCUUGAUCACUGGAGAUCAGUAGGUAAAGGAGAGGGUGCAUUGGCACUGAUCCUGCUUUUCGAUCAAGUACCUCGAAAUAUUUUCCGAGAUACACCUGAGGCUUACGCCACAGAUGCAAAAGCUUUGUCAGUCUCAAGGUAUACGAUCGAACAAGGCUGGGAUAAAAAGCUCCCUAAUAUCCAGCGGCGCUAUCUUUACUCGCCAUUCAACCACUCGGAAGACUUGGAGGAUCAGGAACUUUCCGUGAGGCUGUUCACUGAACUCGGGGAUGCAUAUCACUUGCAAUGGGCAAAGGACUUCCGCGACCAGAUCAAACAAUAUGGGAGAUUCAAACAUCGCGAUCAUAUACUUGGGAGGUAG